CGUAAAUCCAAAUCCAAAUGAUAAGGCCAAACAUAGAAGCCGCCAAGAAUUAGAGUACAUGCUUUGAAAAUGGAAAUGGUUAAACACACCUUCCUGGCCGUGGGGGUAGGUUGGCAUGAGCUUCACAAAGGAGCACCAUUAUAAGCAGACUUUCUUGAUGAUGUGUUUUAUAUACUAAAUAAAUUGGAAGCUUAAUCGGGAUGAAACAAAACUAUUGAGAGGCUUGGGAAUUUGUAGAAACGACACUGAAAGAUGGAAAGGAACUCUCUUGACUCCAACUCUGAUCUGAUUUUACAUGUGGCUAUUGACAUUGGAGGUAAUUACAAAUCUGCACCCCUUUUUGUAAAAUAUCUUACGUAAUUUUUUUGCUUUUCUUAUCCACCACUUCUCAAUGUUUCUCAUUUCACCAAGAAUAAGCGAUUUUGUUUUUGCUCCUCUUAUGAUUUGACCUUUCGUUUUUCUUUGAAUUGAGUGUUUCUCUUUGAAGGGUACCUUAAUCACAAGGGAGAAUAGAAAGUAGGGACGCCUUUCUUUGACUGUAUGCUUUAGUGCGAGAUUGAUGAGGUGUCCUGGGUUUGUUUUUGAGAAUCUUGUUGAAUAUAAAGAGGGUUGAUCUUGUUUUCUUUCUUCAUAUGGCUACUUUAUGCUUACCGAGAGCUACACCCUAGUCUCCAACUGAGUCCGGCCAGCACUUUUUAGAACACUCAUUGAUUAAAUGAUAGUGAUGAAUUUCAAUUAUUAGCUUCUUUGAUGUUUUAUCAUUUUUAUAUCAUUAUCUUCCUCCGGGUCACCCUCUUUUUUGCAGGUUCUCUAAUUAAGCUAGUUUACUUCUCAAGUCACAGUACUUGCACUUUUGAUACUGAUGGAGUGGGCUUAACAAAGGAAAUGAAAAUCUCAAAUGGUGACGUGAACUGCCAUUUUUUACAUGGCAAUCUCCAGUUUGUGAAGUUUGAGACAGUCAAGAUUGAUGACUGCAUAAAAUUUCUCUCGUCAAAGCAAAUUAACUUCAGUGGUGGUAGAUGUCAGGAGGCGCAUGACAGAAACAAGAAUGUCAUCAUUAAGGCCACUGGAGGAGGUGCAUUCAAGUUUGCUAAUUUAUUCAAAGAAAAGCUUGGAAUGACUCUGGACAAGGUGGAUGAAAUGGAUUGUCUUGUUGCAGGAGCAAAUUUUCUGCUUAAGGCAGUCCAGCAUGAAGCUUUUACACACAUGAGCAGUAAAAAAGAGUAUGUGCAAAUUGAUCAAAAUGAUUUAUAUCCUUAUCUGCUUGUCAAUGUUGGAUCUGGUGUUAGCAUGAUAAAGGUGGAUCGGGACCACAAGUUUGAACGAGUAAGUGGGACUAGUGUUGGAGGUGGCACCUUUUGGGGCUUGGGAAAGCUUUUGACCCAGUGCAAGAGUUUUGAUGAGUUACUGGAAUUGAGUCAUGAAGGGAAUAACAGGGUUGUAGACAUGCUUGUCGGAGACAUUUAUGGAACAGAUUAUUCGAGGAUAGGACUUGCAUCAACGGCCAUUGCUUCUAGCUUUGGAAAGGCGAUCUCAGAAAACAAAGAACUGAAUGACUACAGACCUGAAGAUAUUUCCCGCUCAUUGUUACGGAUGAUCUCCAAUAAUGUUGCACAGAUUGCUUACUUGAAUGCAUUGCGUUUUGGGCUCAAGCGGAUAUUUUUUGGAGGAUUUUUUAUACGUGGUCAUGCUUACACAAUGGAUACAAUUUCCGAGGGAGUUCACUUUUGGUCAAAGGGUGAGGCGAAGGCGUUGUUUUUUAGGCACGAAGGAUUUCUCGGUGCAUUAGGUGCUCUUAUGAACCGCGGAAGCAAAGAUAUGGCUGACUUGCUAUCCCUUCGUUUCAUACAAGAACUUCCUACAAGUCUAGGUGGCACUGAAGACUCGCUACACAGCUCAACACUUUUUAGUGUCAAUGAAAAUUGAAUUAGAAUGCAGAUUAGUAGAUUUUACAGCUCGUAAGAUCUAUCAAAGUUUAGGUGUAUUGGCGUGCCUAUGUGUUGUCAAUAGACUGGCUUGUCAUUCCCAACAAGGAUAACUUCCUUUUUAUUUUGUUGAAAUUUGGUAUAGGCCUAUUGGGGAUUUUAGUUGGGAAAAAUCUAUUCACAAAUUGAGCAAUCAUGUCUGUAGCAACCUCAGAUAGAUUCAUCUCAGUCUUUAUGUUCAACAUUUCAGUCAUUGCGCUCAACUCAGUCAUUGGACAACCCUCAAAGCAUGGUUGAUUCGUCAUAUCUAGCAUCUCAUACAUCUUCUUUGCUGCUGCACUAGGCUCAUCAUUCACAAGAAAAUCGCCUUGAUUUUCUGUUGGGAAUUCAUUCCUCACUGCAUCCUCAAACAUCGAUUUGUAUGGAUCAUAUUGGAUCUCAGAUGCAUUGCAAUACGAGGAGUUAGCUUGAUCAAAAUAAACCAGACCAUUUGAAUUGGGUGUCUCUCCAUGUGCUGCCCAUACAUAAUAGUCAUCGAUAAAACCUUUCUUAAAUAGGUGUUGCUUAACAAUAUGUCAAUAUCCUAAGCCAACCAUUUUCGAUUUUUACACUUUCUACAGGGACAUGCAAUGACACCGCUGGAAUAUAAACUUAUGUCUGAAUGAACUCAUUGACACCUUCCUUGAAAUCAUCAUUUAGACAUCCUCGUCUCUCU